AUGGCCGACUCGUCAAAGGCCCCACGUUCGCCAACGGGUUCACCUCCGGCGGAGAAGACGACGUCCCCUGAAAGAUCCAAGACUGCAUCCCCGAAGUCCAAGACUGCGUCUCCAGCGACGCCCGGUUCACCCGAGGCUGUUGCUCCCCAAGUUGAUAAUAAUAUGGAAGUUGACAACACGACCGGUAGAGAAUUGGAUCGCCUCGAUUUUCUAUCUGCGCUUAUUGUCAAGACCGUUGGGAAGCUCUACUAUGCACCUCUGGAGCAAGACAAGACCAACCGAAUUCUUGACAUUGGCACCGGAACCGGAAUCUGUCUGGUCCCGCCGAACGUCAAGUUCGAAGUCGACGAUGUCGAGAGUCCGUGGGUUGGGAGAUCAUACGACUACAUUUUCUGCCGCUCCAUGGCGGGCGCUAUUGCAGAUUGGCCGAAAUUAGUCAACAACAUCUUUGCAAACACCAACCCGGGCGGCUGGGCCGAAUUCCAAGACUGGGACCUUCUGUACCGGUCGGAUGACGGCUCAUAUAAUGAGAAGCACCAGACGCAUCAAAUGCUGAACAUGUUCUUCGACGCGUGUAAGAUCAUCGGUCGCGAGGCGCGGCCGGGUCCCCUGAUUCCUCAAUGGCUCGAGGGCGCCGGCUUUGUCAACAUCGUCCAUCACAGAUACCCGAUACCCGUUGGACCGUGGGCUAGGGACCCCCACUACAAAGACAUCGGGAUGAUGAACUUACACCAAGUGCUCGAUGGCCUCGAGGCCUUCAACCUGAGACUUUUCACCGGGGUUCUUGGCUGGACCGAGACGGAGGUCCAGAUGCUCCUUGCACAGUGUCGCAAGGAAUUGAAGACGGGUGCAUUUCAUGCGUACAUAAACUUGUGA